UUCAGUCUGUGACCGAGCAGUUCCUGUCCCUUAGGCUUAGCUAUUCCCAAAAGCAUUUUAUAUCAUUUUGAAGCUUAUGGUUGACAUAAUAAAUAAAUAAUUGCGAAAUCAAUAGUAAACACUGAAUUAUAAACAUGAAAUCUGAAGCGGUAGGCAAUAGUCCACAAAACGAAAGCAGGUUAUUAUGUAAGAUCUGACACUUGCUAGAGAAGGCAAUCGCUUCUUCCUGAUCUAUGCAAAGAUGUUCUUCCGUCUCAUUUUGACGAUAACUGGUAUUUCGCAUUUCAUCAGCAGCGCUAAAGUUAACCCUUUAAAUGUGAAAGUGACUACUGAUCCUGUUCCUGUGGUUGGACGGUUUGAUGUCAACCUGGCAACCUGCACAACUUCCACAUCCCAGUCACCAGCUCAGGUGUCAUGGAAUUUAGGCACUUUGUCAGAUUCUGUUAAAAUAAAGAACUCUGUUCAGAAUCAGGAUGAGAUGUACACAGUCUCAAGCAGUCUGAUCGGUGUCCCAACUGUAAUGAUGAAUCAUCUAAAUGUGAAAUGUGUGAUUAAACAUCAUUCACUGAAAGAGGAACUGGCGAUUGAUCAUAAAAUGGUGGUGCAUUAUUCACCUCAGCUGGUCUAUAUUACACCUCUACUCAGUGGUGACGGGUUUCAAUGUGAGGCAGAUGCUAAUCCCAAAGCCUUGCUAUUCAGCUGGAAAAGGAUGAACCAGACCAUCAAUAGCAAUGCAAUAAAAAUAGAGGGCAAUAGACUGUACUUAUUGAAACUAACAUCUGAUCUCAACGGCCUCUAUAUCUGUGAAGCAUCUAAUGAGUAUGGCACAGGAACUGGCUCACUCUACUGGCAGAAAGGAGGUUUCCAUUCGGAGCUUUGAGUCCCUCGUUUUACUUGAAGAUUCAUCUCCCAUUAACAAUUUUGAAGUUGGUCUACCUCAAUUGUUUGUUAACAUUGUUCACCAUAUAUUAAAUAAUUUAUAUCCUGUUCUAAGACUAUAAAAGACGCUUUACAAAAUACAAUAUCACAAAUUAUGUACAUCACAAUAACUAGCGAACAGGAAGUUUCUGGUAAUGUGUUAGUUCUCAGGCUUGAAUUAUGCCACAUUUGUCAUUUGGUCAUUAUCCCUGCAGCAUGAUUUGAAACAGAAAUUAAUUUUGCAUGCUUUAACAGAGCUCCAUGUAUUUAAGAAUUCUUAAAAAAUCAAAUUUUUUAAUUCCUGUUAGAUUGUACUAUUUAAUGUUAUAUUCUUUGUUGUCAUCAUAAUUUAUGAGAUGAAUCUCAAUAUUAAAGAAUGAUUUCACAAAACUUUA